AUGGCGGGCAAAACUCCCUCCGCUGGCUCGUUGAACCAGAUCUACAUCAAUGGGGAAUAUGUCGCAUCGCAUUCUAAGCGCACCUUCUCUGUGAGGAACCCCAAGGACAACGCGCUGGUGGCGGAUGCUGUGCCCAUUGCCGACCAGGAGGAUGUCGACCGGGCGGUGGCGGCGGCCGAAGCGGCCUUUGUUGGCCCCUGGAGCAAGUUUACAGCCUUGCAACGCACCGAAGCAUUCAACCGGUUGAAUGCCAUCUUGGAGGAGCGUCUGAUAGACAUUCUGACUCUGGACUCUCUCACCACCGGCAACCCGGUCUCGCUCAUCCCCACGCGCGAGAAGAACUAUAUCAAAAACUGUUUGCUUUACUACGCUGGAUGGACCGAUAAGCAGAAGGGUGACUACCUGCCUGCCGAUGACGGGUUUGUCAAGCUGGUGCGACAUGAGCCUCUGGGAGUCUGUGCCGCUGUAAAUCCUUAUAACGCUCCUGUAGCCACCUUCAUCUUGAAGGCGGCCCCCUGUUUGGCCACGGGCAAUGUUCUCAUUGUCAAGCCGUCCGAGAAGUCGCCCCUCGGCUCCUUGGCCCUGGCUCCGUUGUUCGAAGAGGCAGGUUUCCCAAAGGGUGUGAUCCAGGUCUUGACCGGCGAUGGAUCUACCGGGGCUCUACUCGCCCAACACAUGCGGAUCAGAAAGAUCAGUUUUACUGGCAGCAUACCGACAGGAAAGAAGAUCCAGGUGGCUGCUGCACAGAGCAACCUCAAGCGUGUCACCCUGGAGCUAGGCGGCAAAAGCCCAGCUCUCAUUUUUGAAGACGCCAACCUCGAUAACGCCGUAACCUGGACAGUCAAUGGCAUCCUCGCGCGCUCCGGCCAGGUUUGCGUAGCAUCUUCCCGUGUCUACGUGCACGAGAGUAUUGCCAAAGAGUUUACUGAAAAGUACAUUGAAAAGAUGCGGGCCGCGGUCGACAACAUCGGCGACCCUCAGGACCCCAAUGUAGCAUUUGGACCUCUUGCAGACGACGCUGCCUUUGAAAAGGUCAAAGCAAUGAUUGCCCGCGGCGAGACAGAGGCCCAGCUCGUUCUCGGAGGUAAACGAAAAGGAGACAAGGGCUGCUUCAUAGAACCCACCGUCUUCCUCAACCCGAAGCCAACCGCACAGGUCCUCAAGGAGGAGGUCUUUGGCCCGGUAGCGGUGGUGUUGACGUUCAAGACAGAGGAGGAGGCGAUCGAGCUGGCCAACGACACGGAAUACGGCCUCAUGGCGGGAGUAUUUACGAAAGAUAUCAACCGUGCGCUGAGAGUUUCCGCCAGAAUCGAAUCGGGUGUUGUGGGGGUCAACUGCAUCAGCGUGAUGAACAUGCAAGUCCCAUUUGGAGGCAAGAAGGCCUCUGGUCUGGGCCGUGAAUUUGGCGAAUAUGCACUGAGAGCUUUCACGGAACCCAAGUCUGUACUGAUCAAUAUGAACUCCUGA